GGGGAAAUGCAAAGAUGGACUGAGAGCACUGCGCAGUUCGACGCACAGUUGCUGAAUUUUAUGAACUUCAAACGAGCGUGAGCCUACUUUUCGAUUUUAGUAUAGAAGAAGUAGAUGAAGCAACAUCAGUUUUUCGUGAAUGUACUAAAGGGGAAAUCGCUAGAAUCAGAAAAAAACUAAAAAUGCACUUUGAGACUCGCCCUUCGCGUUGCAAAAUGAUCCGAUCACUCAGGCGGAGCCGCCUCUGCUGCGUUUCUGAGUUCCCCUUGCCCCACGCGCGGGCCAAGGGCCACUGCGCACGAGCUUGCCCCGCUCUACCAGCAAGCCGCAGCGCUUUGCAAGCGCCAACCGACCAGCAAGAGGACCCGAACACCGGAGGGAGGGCGCCCAAGAAAUGGGAGGGCCCCCGCGAUCGAUGCGUCUGGAGUCUCCAGGAAUGUGCCAACUCACACAUUGUGAACACUUGGCAGCGCAUUGGCAGAGGGAUCGCCAGGCAGUUAGUAGUGUCUGCCCGCAUGCCUGCGGCGCUCUGGCGGGUGGCUAGGAGCUUCCAUUCGAGCCCCGUCCGAAACGCUAGAAUGGGACCAAAGGGGGUGGCGCAACGAGGGUCGUCCGAAACGCUAGAAUGGCGAUACUCGUCGCGUCCGAAACGCUAGAAUGAAAAGAGAGGGGGUCAAGGGGUUGGCCCCCUUUGGUGCCCAAAAACUUUUUUUUCGCGCACCCUUUUCGAGGACGUUCAAGGGGAGGGUGGCUGCCACCUUCAGCCGAUGUACCACGCAAAGGGACACCCCGAGGCAGCCGCCGGCGCCUCUGCUCCAGUGCCACGCCCUUGGCUGGAUGGUCCCGGCCUUUUUGACCAAGGUGCGACAAAGAUGGCCGCCUCUCACUGCUAUGGGGAGCGCCAAGCCCAACGAGGCAAGGAGUCCGGGAGGCCGCUCCCCAGGGUCCGACGACCAUCGGGUGGGACCGGGGGAAGGCGUCCGCUUGCUCUAGAAGCAAGCGCCUGGAGCGCUCUCGUGGUCUUCCUAUUACAGUGGGGCCUGCGCCCAGCUCUUAAUGAGGGGCGCGGUGUUGGGUUAACGCUUGAGGGCAUUUUUAGUUUUUUUCUGUUUCUAGCGGUUUCCUGGUCAGUAAAUGCAUCAUUUGUAUUUGAUAGAGAAUACUUAGAGGAUAGAGUUUCCCGUCUCUAACACCCUACACGGCGACACGCUUUUGUCCGCUGCCUUCCUAGCGUACAUUGGCUUCUUCGACGUCUAUGCACGACAACAAGUAUUGCGAGAAUGGGAGACAUACUUAGCAGAUGAAAGAGGACUCAAAUUUAGUCCAGCUUUGUCAGUUACCGAUUAUCUCGUGACGACGACAGAGCGUUUCCAAUUCGUCUCCAACGGGCUCCCAGACGACGAACUUUGUGUCGAAAAUGCUGUCAUCAUCAAAAAUUAUCAGAGGUAUUCCGUUUCGUGUUCAGGUGCACUAGAAGUACUAGAUUAUCGCUGCACUCACUUUUAUUGUCUUUGCUUCUUCAUUCAUGAAUUCUACACUCGCCUGGGCCUACUUAGCUCAUUUGUAUUGGUGUCAACAAAGAAGUCAUUCGAAAUUCAGAUAGUGUUAUUGAUUCCUUCUCACCUUUCCUCCAGGUAUCCCUUGAUCCUGGACCCAAGCGGGCAGGCUUUAUCGUGGCUCCAGCAAGAGUACAAGAAAAAGGAAAUGCACGUCACCUCCCUCUUGGACCCGAAGUUCUACAAGAUUCUAGAGUCAGCAGUCCGGUUCGGCACCCCGGUUUUACUGACGGAUGUGGAACGACUAGACCCUGUUUAUGGAAUACGAAACUUUUGCAACGCAAGCCUAACGCUACUAAAUGUUGGUGUGCUUCAUCACAAUCAAAAAUGUUUAACUCCUCUGGGAAUGAAGAAAAUAGGAAUUUUCCCAAUCCAGGUGUCAAGCCUCAUUUCAAUAAUUCUUGCAGUCGCACCAGAGUAUACCGAAUGAUUUUUCGCACUGGUCUACCAUGACACUCAUCUCUUUCAUACCCUCCUGAACGGCAUCUUGAACAAAGAGACGCACAAAAAAGGUGGUCGAUCGAUGAUCACCUUGGGCGACCAGGAGGUCGAUUUUUCGCCAGCCUUCGAGAUUUUUCUGAGUUCGCGUGACAGUGCGCAUAACUUUGCCCCCGACCUCUGCAGCCGUGUGACCUUCUGUAAUUUCACGAUAACACCAGCGUCAUUGCAGAGUCAAGCCCUGAAUAUGCUGCUCAGGCAGGAACGCCCAGAUGUAGAGAAAAAACGCCGUGACGGGAUGCUGCUACAAAGUGAAUUCAAUUAAGGCGCUUUGCUCCACUUCAGUAGUUCGUUGAUGGUUUACAAGAUAAGCAAGAUGAGACUCGGUUGAAGAUAGUGAUGAGCAGUGAUGACGUGGCUGGUUUUUCUUUUUCUAGUAGUAGUACAUUCCAGUGCACUUUCCUCGACGUGCAGUACAGAUGUUGUAGAAUCUAAUUUUUGGUGAAAGCCCGCGAAAUGGAAGAUGGCCUGCUUUCUGCACUCGCGAACGUGGAGGGCAGUAUCUUGGAAGACCAGACAGUAUUGACAACAAUGGAGAAGAUAAAAGCGGAGAGCGCGCAAAUCAAAGAAGAAUUCGCGAAAAUGGAUGAGGUCAUGCGUGAAGUCCAAGAAUGCACAGCAGAGUACGAAAAUUUGGCGCGGGCUGCAACAAGAAGCUACUUCUCACUGGAAGCGCUCACUGCAGUGCACGACCGAUUGUACCGAUAUUCCUUGGAUUUCUUCUUCGAAGUGCUCCGAGUGAGUAUUUCAGAUCCAUCCAUAGCGGCAGAACCAGGUGCGCCUUCGGGAGGAGCGAGUGCUCCGGAUAGUAAGA